CGCCAUUUGCGGCAUUCGCUUCGCUCGCAUUUUCCACGGGAGGUUUUGCGCUCAUCGCGCGCGCGCCAUGUGCGUGGAUGAGCGUCUUCUUGGACGCUGCGAACUUGCCGGGGGUGGGCGAAGACAUCGAUAGCGAUGUCGGGGGCUCUGGGGGAUGCGCCAAGCAGCACGGGGAGCUCAUCUCCGUGGCCUUCUGGGGCAUUUGCGACAUCAAGUACGACCCCCGGGCGCCGCCUGGGCGGCGCGUGCAGGUGCUGGAGCUGGGGGACGGAAGGAGCAGCCGCUUCUCCCACCACGGGCGCUUCAUCAAGGAGAAGUUCGACUCCCAGUAUUGCAUGGCACGUGCGCCCAUCAAGCGGGCGGUGAUGACUGAGAACAAGAAGUUCACCCAUGACAUGUUCGUCCAGGAGGGCUUCGCGGAGCUGCGGCCGCCCACCUGCGCGUACGCGCGGCGCUACGAGGCGACCCUGGCGCGGCGGAUUUUGGAGGAUCUGGACGUGGCCAAGGGCGCGGUGGUGCUUAAGCUGUGCAACCGCUCCCGGGGCGCUGGCGUGGUGGUGGUGCCAGCGGAGGAGUUGGACGCGGUGCUGCGGCAGCUGCUGUCGCCGCCGGUGGACCUGGACGCAUGGCUGGCAAAGCGCCGCGAGAACGCGCUGCAGGAGGGAAAGCUGCUGGAGGAGCAGUGCAUCCACUGGUGGUCCAACGAGUGCCCACUCUUCGUGGUGGAGAAGUGCUGCGCCUCCAUCCCGGUGCCCAAAGAGGGGGACGACGGGCUCUUCGACGGCACCUUGCGGGUGGCCUUUGCGCUGCAUCGGCCCAAGAGCGUCUCCAAGUACCAGGGGACGCCAAGAGGAUGGAUUCGCCGCUCGGCCCGGGCUUCGAAGCGGCAGGACGAGGUCCAGGUGAAGCCCUUCGAGAUCGAUUGGCUGGGGGGCUACUGGAAGCUCCCGAAGUUCCCGCUGCCCGAAGCCAACGGAUCGGUCGGGCUGCAGGCCAUCCAUGAUCGCGUGGUGAGCUCCUUCAACUCGGUGGACAAGCGCACGGCCCCGGUGGACCCCAAAGACCUGCAGGAGGUGUACCAAGCGUUGACCCCUGCGCUGCCGCGGAUUUUCAGCUCCGGCGCCAUCUCGGUGCAGAUGAUCAUGAACGUCUACCGCCAGGACGACCUCUUCUGCGCCUUCGCGCUGGCCCGCGUGGCCGCGGCCAUGCGGGUGGACCACUUGGAACGCGCUUUGGGCCUCUUCGACUUGGCGCGGCGCAAGGUCAAGGAGCCUCCGAAGCGCGAGGGGCUUCGGGACUUCCUCCCGGAGCUGUCGGUGCUUUCGUACAUCGACCGCAACGUGGGGGUCUGCUCCGCGCUGCUGCAGAAGUGGGAGGACGCGGCGCGGCUCUGGCGCUCCGCGCUGCAGCUCUUCCCGGUGAACGCCACAGCGCACUACUUGCACGGCCGCUACUGCCAGGAGGUGGGCAAGUACGACGACGGCGUGGAGUGCAUGAUGAGGGCCAUCGCGCUGGAUCCCGACUUCAAGCUGCCCUACCAAGGGCUGGGCAACUGCCAGCUGCUGCGGAGGGACUUCGAGGGCGCCAUGGCGGCGUGCUUGGCGUGCCUGCGGCGCCACCCGGACGCGCCCUUCGCGCAGUUCAUCGCCGGCCAGUGCCUGUACCACGUGCUCCGCGACCCCGGGGGCCGCUGCUUCUCCCCGGCGGAGAACCAGCGCCUCUCCGCGAAGGCCGCGAGGGCCUUGGACCUGGCGAAGCGGCGCCACCCGGACCAAUGGAGCGAGGGCGACCAGGUGAUGCUGGACUAUGUGAAGGGGAGCCCGGCAGAGCGCAGCCAGCUGCCAGCGCAAGAUCUUCACAUUUGGAAGCUGCACGGGUUCCGGCCCUGCCAAACUCUUCGGCGGCGGCUGCUUGACGUCGCCCACUGGGCCUUCGUAGUCAUGUCCUUCGGGGGCGCCGUGCUGCUGCGGGCCCCGGAGUCUUUGGGCUUCACCGCUCUGGUGGCCGCAGCGUCCUUAGCUUUUCGCCUCUCCAUGAGGAACCAGUGUAUCAUUACUUCGGUGGCUCGGACCAGUUCACUGCCCCGGAUCUCGGGAAAGGCCGUGACCCGCUUCUUCCUGGCUCUGCUGCUGGUCUCGGUGGCGCGGUUGGCGCUGCAGUUGGCCUUCGGCAGAGGCUUCCCCUGGGAUCAGCUCAUCCGGGCAAUUCGCCACUGA